AUGGACCCUACAAUGUCAACACAAGAGCUGCAGCUCUGUCAGUUUCUGAUGGAGCUGCCCGCUCAGAAGCGAUACCGUUACACCAAAGAAUCGGAGGACCUCUUGCUCGAAAACCUCUUCAGGUUCAUGUCUGGCGGCAAGGACGAGUACCUUCGGCUCUUCUUCCCAAACGGAGGACCUGUUGUCGAUGGCACGAUCCUCAAGCUCAAAGACGCCCAAGGCGCUGUAGAGGGAGCAGAAUAUACAGAGUCCGCUCGCGGCAUGGCAUGCGGGCACAUCUUUAAAGCAGGAGAGGCCUCAUACAGCUGCAAGACAUGUGGCACCGAUGAUACCUGCUGCCUCUGCGCAAAAUGCUUUGAUGCCACCGACCACACGGGACACAUGGUGAGAAUAAGCAUCUCACCAGGCAAUAGUGGCUGCUGUGACUGUGGCGACCCGGAGGCAUGGAAGACGCCUAUGUUCUGUACAAUACACUCGACCUGGGAGCACGAGCAACCAAAGGGCAAGGACAAGGAAGUCGCGAGGUUGCCGGACGAUCUAAUUUUCAGCAUCAGGAUGACAAUAGGCAGGGUCAUUGACUAUCUCUGUGACGUUAUAUCGUGCUCGCCCGAGCAGUUGCGUCAGGCAAAGACAGCGGAGUCGAUCAAGCGCGACGAGGAAAUGUCGAGGUUAAACUCGACGUAUCAUGGCGGCGAUGUGGGAUCUCCGGGAGAAUACGCCAUUAUCCUGUGGAACGAUGAAAAGCAUACCAUCACUGAGGUUAGAGACCAAGUUGCCAGGGCAUGUGCAAUGACUCAGCGGGAAGCUCUCCAAAAAGCCUACGAAACCGACACGAUCGGUAGAAGCAUCCUCACAUACGACGAGAAGGUUGAGACUCUCCUUGCAAGGGCCAAUACGUUGGAGCAGAUCCGUGUUACCGUUACGAUACGCUCUUCUCGUGAUACCUUUCGAGAGCAAAUGUGCGGCACGAUCAUCGAGUGGUUGAAAGACAUCUCGGGCUGCGCUGUUGGACAGGAUUCUUCCAUACUGCGGGUCAUUGUCUGCGAAGAACUUCUCAAACCAUGGCGAAUGGGAAGUCCAGCUACCCACGCCAUUGUCGGCCAUGAAGGAAUGGACGACGAGGACAAGGAGGACCAAAAAGAAGACACAUCCAUGAACGUUUACACCCAAUUCGCGCUGUUGCAGGCUGCCAGGCUUCAACAAGCGAGAGAGGCGAUAAGGCGCGGUAUAAACACGAGAAACAUGGAUGACAGCGAAGACGAUGACGAUGAUGAUAGCGAUGCCGAUGGCGAAAAUCACACACCAUCUUCGCAGGGAGACAUGGACGAGGACGUCGAAGAAGAUGAGGAAGACGUUAUGAUGCUUGAUUCUGCGCCGGGUGCUGCCGGAGACGUCAACAUGUCUGACUGGCGAGCCGAUGAGUCUCUAGAAGCAGACGAAGCAACCAUGGCAGGCUAUCCGCCGCCGCCUCCCCCUCCAGUGCCCAGUGGACCUCGUCGGAACAUCGGAGACCGAGAUCUGACCCCAUCUGAUUCUGAUACCGCAGAGCCUCUUAUACCGUCAUCCAUCUAUGCGAAGAACAGUCUCGAUGUGCCCAAAACGCCAGGCGUGGCGCAAGACGAGCAAGCAACGCCGCCCAAGUCGGGCCGGUAUUGGAUGCUCGCGCCGGCCGCAUACGUAGAGACCGAAAAUGUUCCGCCAUCAGAAGAUCUGUUCCAGAGGGUACGCCUAGACUGGAUGAUCCUCUUUGACCUCCGGAUGUGGAAGAAGGUGCGCAACGACAUGCGAUCUCUCUACAUAUCCACCGUCGUUACAAUCCCUGAAUUCAAACGCGUUCUUGGCCUGCGUUUUGCUGGCCUUUACACAACCCUGGCCCAACUCUAUCUUAUUGGAGAUCGAGAGCCAGACCAUUCGAUUAUCAAUCUUUCCCUCCAAAUGCUUACCACGCCCUCGAUCACCGCAGAGGUAGUGGAACGCGGCAAUUUUUUGACUAGCCUGUUGGCUAUUUUGUACACCUUUUUGACGACUCGUCAAGUCGGCCAUCCAUGGAAUGUCUCGGAUACUGCGGUCUUGGCUUUCGACUCUGGGUCUGUUACUAACAGGCGCAUGUACCAUUUCUUUGCCGACCUCAAGUAUCUUUUCCUGUCUCCACAUGUGCAAGAGCGGCUGAGGACAGAGGACCGGUAUAUGUUGCAGUUCCUCGACCUCGUUAAGCUUCAUCAAGGCAUAUGUCCGAACACAAGGGCGGUCGGAGAGCACGUUGAGUACGAGACCGACACCUGGAUUAGUGCAUCACUCAUUACACGAGAGAUAAACCGACUGUGCCGCCUUUUCAGCCGGUCUUUCACAGGCGUUGAAGACACGGACGGCGUCUGUCGUGCCAUCCGUCUUGCAGCCAAGACCGUACUCGUGAACUCCAUUGGUGCGGAGCGCGCACGAUUUACUCAAGCUGAAAUCAAGGACGAAGUGCGCUUCAAAGCUCUGGGCGACUUUGAAUUUGAUGGCGAAAACUCCAAAUACGAUGUCGUUAAGUUCAUCGUUGAGGAGCAGCCCAUCAGCUUUCAUCACGCUCUUCACUACACCCUGUCCUGGCUGAUUGAAUGUGGCAAGUCUAUGUCUGUCGAACAAUUGCGAGCUGUUCUCAGCUUCACAGCCCAAGAACUCAAAGGCCACCCUCGUCUCAUGGGCAAGCGGGCGAUGCCGAGACGCGAUUACGGACCAGAGGAUUUCCUUAUGGCGGCGUUCGAUUACCCCUUGAGGGUGUGCGCAUGGCUAGCUCAAAUGAAGGCUGGAAUGUGGGUUCGCAAUGGCAUGAGUCUAAGGCACCAAGCUGGAACGUAUCGUGGCGUUGGACAGAGGGAUGUUUCUCAUCAUCGAGACAUUUUCUUGUUGCAGACAGCGCUUGUGGUGUGUAACUCAAGUCGAGUGCUCGCUUCAAUCCUUGAUCGUUUCGGCAUGGAGAAAUGGGCCAAAGGCUUAUUUGAACAGAAAUCCACCGCUCAGGAUGAUGCGCAGCAUUUGGACAUUGUCGAGGACAUGAUUCACCUCCUCGUCGUUCUCCUGAGCGACAGGACGUCUUUAAUUCGCACCGAAGAUGAGCCAAAUAGCCGCAUUUUGGCCAUGCGCCGCGACAUCACUCAUGUGCUCUGCUUCAAGCCGCUUUCGUUUACUGAAAUAGGAAAUAAGUUGCCCGAGAGAUAUCAAGAGCAAGAGGAUUUCACCAGAGUCCUUGAUGAGAUGUCUAAUUACAGAGCACCAGAGGGUGUAUCAGACAUUGGCACGUUCGAGUUGAAGCCGCAGUUCGUCGAGGAGGUCGACCCUUACAUCGCGCACUACAACAAGAACCAGCGAGAAGAGUCAGAGAUGGCCUGGCGUAAAUGUGUGGCCAAGAAGACUGGCAGGCCAAUUGAGGAUGUUGUGUACGAGCCGAAGCUGCGUCCAAUCCCCGGCGGCGUCUUCGCCGGCCUGGCCGAGUUCACCAGCACCGGCAUGUUCGCCCAGAUCAUUUAUUACAGUCUUCUGUACCCGCUUGUGUGCCAGAAGCUCACACCGACCGUGCCCUACACGAGGGUUGAAACGUACUUGCAAGUGGUGCUGCACCUCAUUCUCAUCGCUAUUGCCGAAGACAAGCCACCUGGAGGAGACUCGUCGCGACCGUCGUUCAUUCACACCGCUCUGACACAGGUGGCGCGAAGCAACUUUAUGCAGGAAGCCCCCACUUCCAAGACUAUUGUAUCUCUUUUGGAUAUGAUGUCCACCAAAGAGGAGCUCAAAGGUUGCCACCCUAGAAUCGCUCUUGUACUCAAACGCAUGCGUCAGAAGCGACCCUCCGACUUUGAGGCAGCAUAUGUGCGACUUGGCGUCCCAGUUGAUAGGAUCAGCACCGCUUCGCCGGCAGCCAUUGCCAACGCCGAUGAGGAGCGAGAACGCAAGAAGAAGGCAGCUUUGGACCGCCAGGCGCGAGUGAUGGCCCAGUUUCAACAGCAGCAGAAGAACUUCCUCGCAAACCAGGGCGAUAUUGACUGGGGCGACGUCGAUGAUUUGGAAGACGACGAAUUGCCUGAACCAGUUGAGGAGAAGAACUUCUGGAAAUACCCAUCCGGGACAUGUAUCCUUUGCCAGGAAGACACAGACGAUCGUCGGCUAUACGGAACUUUCGGCUUCAUUAGGGAGAGCGGGAUCUUACGGCAGACGGAUCUGUCAGACCCUGACUUCGUGCGAGAGGCAUUCCACACGCCCAAAGACCUUGACCGAUCUGCUGAGCCUAUCCGACCGUUUGGAGUGGCUCACGAAAAUCGUAAGGACGUGCAGAAGGUCAACCAACAGGGACAGACUUUCGUUACGGAACGCCAGAUUAUUGGCAAGGGCUUUCCUCCACACGCAGUACGGAAUGGACCAGUCUCCAUAGGAUGCGGCCACAUCAUGCACUAUAGCUGUUUUGAAGUCUAUUUUGAAGCGACCCAGCAGCGGCACAAGCAACAGAUCGCGCGUCACCACCCCGAGGACCCGUAUCGCCUAGAAUUCGUGUGUCCACUUUGCAAAGCCUUGGGUAACGCCUUCCUGCCGAUCGUCUGGAGGGGCCAGGAGGAAUCAUAUCCGGGCGUGCUGCAGACUCCCACAGAGACUCAAGUCUCUUCUGAAGCGUUUGCAGUCUUUCUAAAGGAGAAUCUCUCUUCUACACAUAACGCGGCCCUGGCAUUGGAGCCUCAGUCUCACUCAGCCCAGAGGAUGUUCUCACAAUACACCAAGGGCACACUACUGCCCAACUUGGCAGAGAAAUCAUCUCAUCUCGUCGUGGACGCUUGGGAUUCCGGAUCGCAGACACCAUCCGGCGGUACGCCUUGGGGCGGCGGCACACCCGAGUCAAGUGGACAGUCGUCAGGCAUGGGCGAGAGCAGCAGCGCGAUGACUGAGUUGGUCGUCGUCUACCGUCGCCUCCGAGAUACCCUUAGACGGAAUGGCCUUGUGGGAAGGCACGGCCCUGAUCAGCUCGAACGUAUGAACGAGCCGCUUGGAAACCCCACCGACCUGUGCGACAGCGAUGUCUUGGCCCAAACCGUGGGCUUCUCGAUCUCAGCUGUGGAGAUACAGCAGAGAGGGCAAGAUUCCGAGUACGGCUCGCUUCUGCUCGAGAAGAUACCCGAGCAGGCUCUCACUCACUUGCGCAUUUUGGCAGAGACUGUCGCUUCUUACAUCGCCGUAGGAGGCCAAAAGUAUGCGGGCCAGAAUCGAAUCGAUAGGGAGUUCAAGAAAGACAGCGAAAGGCAACACUUCCAACUCUUCGUCCCAGAUGGAGAAGACAAGUUGGCCGCCUACACACCACUUCUUACGCAGGAUACGUUCAUUUUCCUCUGUGAGAGCGCCUUCGGCUUUGCUGCAGCGAACGGCAUCGAUGUCUCAUACCUAUUGCGCGUGUGCUAUCUUGCUGAGAUGGUCAAGGUUGUCUACCGCACGGCCAGGAUCACUUUCCCCAACCACGAGUGGAUGUCUAGUGAUGGUCUGGAGGAUAGAAGUCUGAUCAACUUCGCCGAAUUCUGCAAGACCGUCUUCAACAUGGACCUGGAGUACACGAUACCCGGUGAUGCGAACCCUCAACUCGACCACGGGUUCGAUCAACCGUGCUUCCAGAGCAUUGCCGACUUUUACACCUUCACCAAGAAGUACGCUCAGAUCUUCCUUCGAAAAUGUGUGGUGUUGCUUUACGUCAAGUACGGUGUCGACUUCAACAGUCACAUCUCACCCCAGCCAGAACAGGAUGAACUCGACCGUCUGACCGAGGCUCUUCGCCUACCGGACUUCGAUAGCAUGUGCGCGGCGCUCACGCCUCUAGGCAUACACGUCGGCUGGCCGGGUUCCCUGUGCGAUCAGCUUGUCCGUGGAUGGAUCCGGCACGAAAAGGCACACUGCUGGGCACGAAUCAAGUCCAGAGAUGUGGCUGUUCUUGACGUGGCCGACCGGGACCGGAUGCUCAGCCAUCCGGGCAUAUUUGAGCUCGUAGGGUUACCAAUGAACUAUGACACGCUCAUCGAGGAGUGUACUAGGCGACGGUGCCCGCGGACGGGCAAGGAUAUCUCUGAUCCGAUGAUCUGUCUCCUCUGUGGUGAUGUUUUCUGCGGCCAGAGCAUAUGUUGCUCGGCAGAGGACACCACGACGACGCUCAGGCGGCAAGGUAGCAGGAGGAGGAUCGGUGGGGCCCAGCAGCAUAUGCGAAAGUGCCAAGGCAACGUCGGGCUUUUCAUUAACAUCCGAAAGUGCGCGACUUUUUACUUGCACCGGCUUAGCGGGUCGUGGAGCAACGCGCCCUACAUGGACAAGUACGGCGAGGCGGAUAUGGGGUUGCGGCAUAGUAGGCAGCUGUUCUUGUCGCAGAAGCGCUACGACUCGAUGCUGCGGACCAUGUGGCUUAGCCACGGGGUGCCAUCCUACAUUUCGCGCAGGCUUGAGGCGGACAUCAACAAUGGCGGGUGGGAGACCAUUUGA